AUGUCGACACAAAUGAACGGCAUCCAGGCUGAAAACUAUAUUCCUUCUUUCCAAUACGACAAUCAAACUGCUCAAGGUCAAAUGCAUCAUCAACAAAUCCUUGUCAGUGUGAUCCAAGUGGCUUUGAAAUACAAAUUGAUGAAUCAAAACUGUGAAGAUUAUGGUAUACGAAAAGUUCAUAGAUGGGAAUCAUUUCCACCAUCCUUAACCACUUCAAACCAAUCUCAUCCUACUGCUGAAACAACAACAAUGUCGACACAAAUGAACGGCAUCCAGGCUGAAAACUAUAUUCCUUCUUUCCAAUACGACAAUCAAACUGCUCAAGGUCAAAUGCAUCAUCAACAAAUGACUGUUCAUGUAGGAAAUAAUCAUAGUCACGAAAUGUUCAUUCCAGUCAAACAAGAAAUUACUUCAACACCGAAUUUUUCUCGACCACCUCAAUCAAAAUUUGAAAGGUUUUAUGUUUCAAUGUCAGCACCUGUGACUCCAUCAACUCCUCGUAACGAAUCACCUUCACAAACUCCAAAUACUGCUCCACCUGACCGAAAAAUUGAUAAUCGCCCUGCAUUCUCAUCAUUCCAUUCCUCUCCAUAUCCAUCACAAACUCAUAGAAAACGUAGAGAUAACACAGUGGGCUUUCCACAAGAUGCUGGCCCAUUCUUUACUCAAACACAACAACAUUAUCCUUUGUAUACUAUUGAUAGAUCAACAAAUUUGAAAGUUCGUAUCAAUUCAAAGGUGGAUCGAGGAUUUUUCCUGGCUGAUAAUGAUUGGACUUGUUACCGAAGGAAUUAUUUCCAAAUUAGUUCAGCCUUCUCAAUCUCAGGCACACCUCAUCCUGUUAAUGAAUCUGAUGUGUCAUGUUUGAUUGAGGUUGAUGGUCAAUACUAUGCUGUAACUCAGUUCUUAUUGGGAAUCACUGCACGCGUUUCAAAUAGCGACAAGAAAAUAGAAUUGGUACAACACACUCCAAAACGUGAUAAAGGUCCCCAAAUGGUACCUGGUCCAAAACCAAUUCGUCCAGGUGGAAAUCUCAAUCUUAGCUCAGUUGGAACUAAUUCUAACAUUGUCACAUUUGAACGUAUUCAAUUUAAAACUGCCACUGCAAACAACGGUAAACGUAGAGCUGCACAACAAUAUUAUGUAUUGAUGGUGGAUUUGUAUGCUCAGGUUGAAACCGGCGAACCUUAUAGACUGGCCACUACAACUUCUGCUCCUUUGGUUGUCCGUGGUCGUAGUCCUGGUCAUUAUGCCGAUAAUCACGAACGUUAUAAUCCAAUCCAAAUGCAUCCUGCUUUUCCAAAUGAUGGCCGUCACAUGUCUUUCACUGGUCCAAAUGGUACUCCAGGUAUGAUGCCAGGCGAUUUUAAUGGACCUUUCUCGAGUCCUUAUGGUCAAUAUCCACCUCCUUUCCAAGGGUUUCCAGGUUCUUUAAUGAUGGCAACUGGUCCUCCAAAUUCCACACAUGCUCCUUUCCACCCACAACAUCCUCCACAACAUUAUAUGGUUCAAAACAUGCAAGAAACCGGCGACAAUCCAAACCCUGAAAUGUUCAAUAAUGGAAAUAUCCAUCCAAAUAAUAUGGAAGAAGGCAAUAAACCUUUCAUGAAAAUAGAAAUUCCACCUCAAUCUUCACAUAUACCAGAUCAUCCGCUUACAUCGCCUGCCUAUCAUUCUCAAGAAUUUGUUGAAGGCCUUCAUCUAUAUCAUGGUAAUCAUAACAAUGGUCAGCCAGCUAACGCUGCUGCUACACACAAUGGUGGCUACCAUUCAGAUAGUGAACAGCACCAUUUUGGAAAAUCUUUUAUUAUCAAACUGAGUUUUUAA